AUGUCCCGACCCCACGCUCUCGACGGUUUUCACGUCGACAUUCUCAAUUUCGUGCACGAGCGUCCUGUGGAACGUUACCUCUGGGAAGUGCUGGCUACUCUGGGCGCUCCUCCUAUCACGGGCCAGUACACCCAAGUGUCAGAGGCGUUUGGUGCUAGAGGCUCGCGCUACCGUCUCUUCUUCAACUCGGACGCAGCUCCUCGACUUUUCAAGAGCGUCGGCCGUCUCAUCGACAAGAUUAUCUUCGUGGGGCAGAACUACCGGGUGUAUGGCAAAGGGUGGUACAGCCACAAGAAAGGCUACCAGCGAAUUGACUUGGACAUAGCUGCAAAAGAAGAGCGCACCUCGAAGCCCACCAGCCCGUCACCGCGUCAAACCGGACACCCAAGUGGCAACAGCAAACGCACAUGUGUCGAGUCACCCCAACCUACCCCAUGGGUCAGUGUUCCCCGCCAGUCGACGUCCCGUCAUGCCCCAGGUUCCGCUGCUACUGCGCGUCCGUGGACGUCACCCAACAUGUUCGAUGCUCUGCGUGAACAUAUCGUGGUCGCACCAGCCCAGGCGACCAACACGACAGACGGCGCACGCAAGUUUUUCCCGUCCAUCUCCCCGCUCCAGACGCUCCAGUGGUCUUUCCCGCCAACAUGUACGUUGGUGGGACAAAGCCUGUGGGGCACUCAGUCACCCGAGUCGAAAUGUCUCUGGACGCGAUUCUCGAAGAGUUUACAUUGA